AUGUCUGAAGUAUCUCUUCUCCAUGCCUCACCUUUUAUUGCUUUGCCAUUCGUUGGAGCAUUUGUUGGACAGAGGAUUGUUUCUAAGAAUAUGUAUUGGUAUGAUACUUUGAGAAAGCCAUCGUUCUCACCUCCCAAAUGGGUUUUUGGACCCGUUUGGAGUGCACUGUAUGGUUGCAUGGGAGCUGCAUCCUAUCUGGUAUGGAGAGAUGCACCACAUGAGAAGGUGAUGGUUCCUUUGGCUGUUUAUGGUGCGCAGCUUUUACUUAACUGGUCGUGGACACCUGUGUUUUUUGGACAGCACAAAAUAAAAUAUGGAGCUAUAAUAAACUUGGGAGUUUUUGGCGGUGCUGUUACAUGUGUACAUUUAUUUCGCGCCAUCAAUAUCAAUGCCAGUAAUCUAAUGAUUCCAUAUGCUUUAUGGGUAGCAUUUGCUUCAAUCAUCAGUGUUCGUGUGGCUAUGCUAAAUGAUGACGAUUAAUUGAAUGAAUGUAGAUAUAACGAAAUGUGAACAUUUCUAAAAUUCGUGUCGGCGAGUUUAGCCUUAUUUGGUUUAUACUUUAGUUUCUAAAUAUUUCCAGUAACUCAGGGAUAUUAAUUAGUUUAUUUUUGUUUUCCCUUUUUUAAAAAAAACAGUAUUUUGUGACAGUAAAUGCGAGUCGUUUUUUCAGUUUUCUUUAUUGCUUGCGUGUAAAUCAAGUCUUAGAAGUAUUUCCACGAAAAUUCCAUAGGGAUCGGUACCUUUUACACAAAGCUGGUCCAGAUGGAUUGGCCCCAGAGGUCUUUAAGGAUGGUGGUCUAGUCUUAGCGAUUAGGUUGACUAAUAUUUUAGCUAAAAUCUGGGAGUUAGACGUUAU